CUAGGGCUUAGAUGACAGGGCAGGUCCGGGUUCGGGAUGCUGAGGAGACCGCGGGCCCGCGCCAGCCUCCCACACACACACUCGGGGCGCUCCGGCGGGGGGCGGGGAGGAGUGGGACGGCGGCCCUGGGCCAGGAGGGACGCAGAGGAGGGUCAGCCGCGGGCUGGAGGGUGAGUCCCGCACAAAGGGCUGCGCGGGCUGUCACCGGGAGGUCACAGAGGGAAGUUCAUCCAUGAGCUCAGAUUUCCCACAUUACAACUUCAGGAUGCCUAAUAUUGGAUUCCAGAAUCUGCCUCUCAACAUAUAUAUUGUGGUUUUUGGCACUGCUAUAUUUGUCUUCAUCCUUAGUUUACUCUUCUGUUGCUACUUGAUUAGGCUAAGACAUCAAGCGCACAAAGAAUUUUAUGCCUACAAACAGGUUAUAUUAAAAGAGAAAGUAAAAGAACUGAAUUUACAUGAGCUCUGUGCAGUGUGUCUAGAAGACUUCAAGCCUAGAGAUGAGUUGGGGAUUUGUCCAUGUAAGCAUGCCUUCCACAGAAAGUGCCUUAUUAAGUGGCUGGAGGUUCGGAAAGUGUGUCCACUGUGCAACAUGCCGGUUCUGCAGCUGGCCCAGUUGCACAGUAAGCAGGACCGUGGACCCCCACAGGGGCCCCUGCCCGGGGCAGAGAACAUUGUAUAGUUCACCACAAGGAUCACACUGUUGCAGGAUCCCACGUCUGCGUGGGGGCAGGAGGCACACGUGGUCUCUGUGUUUGGCUGCUCUUCCUUUGCGUCAUGAAGAACUCUUGGGCCAGCUAAGCUGAGACCCAGACUUCUGGGUCUUGUGACAACCAAAGCACGCUGACACUACCCCAUGUCAAGAGAAGAGGAGUGAAGGAGCCUGCGGGUUUGGCUCAAGAAACUUCAUGAGAGUCUUGCUGCCUCCACUACACGCUGCCUCCCUUGUCAAGGUGAAUCUUUCUCCAGCAGAAGGGAAGAGAAACAAAAGUGUGAGAGAUGGGAACUGAGGGCAGGUCUUUAAAGCCACCCCUGACCCCCCCUCCCGGCCCCCCUCCCCCCCGGGACACGAGCUUCUAUGCAGACUGUGCAUGCCUUAGCAGCAGCAGACCCUCCCGGCAGCCCCUGAGCCAAGUCAAACCAGCAGUUACCUCAGCCGAAGCACGACCAGUUGGCAGUGGUUGGUGAGGCAGUGCCAACAAAGCUUUUCACGUUACGUUCCCUUGAUAAAGCCAUCUUGGAACUCAAGGGCUUUGGUUACAACAGAGCAGCAGUGGCCCUCAUCACUGCUUCUCCGCUCACAACACUUGCUUAUCAAAUCAUCUAACCUAAAACCAUUAGAUGUGCUUGGAAAGGCCUGGUCAGAAGCCAUUUCCUCCUACGCUCCCCACUCCCUCUCCCCACCUCACCAGUGAGUCACAGCCAAGCCUCCAGCCCUCAGGAGCCCCAGCAGGAAGUGGGGCUCUGAGCCCAUGCUGUCCCUGUGUGAUCCAGGGGGCCUGGGCUGCUGCCCACACCCCCACAUAGUGUGGCUCCAGGGUAGCUGCUGGUCUUGGCCCACUGCCAGAGUCAGGAGCCGCUGCGAGCCUCAGGCAGCUGAGAAUGGCCAGUGCUCCUAGCCCCGGGACAAAGGAAGAUGCUGACUCCUUGCCUGUCCUCUCCUUCCUUCCCGGUGUUCUCUCUCUUGCCCCAUCUCUGUUUCUACUUCAGAGAAAAUGCCUGUCAUUGACUUUUUAACAAUUUAAAGCAUCCGAAACAAGAUCCCUACGUAAUUCUUUAGCCAGGGAUCCACUUGAAAUUGUAAAUAGUUUCAGGAAGCUCCUGCAGGGCUGUUCACUCCUUGGUGUGUGCCUCAGUAUUCAGACUUGUGAGAACUAAUUGAAAGUGUCUUUAUAAGAGAGAAAUGCAUGCUUGUCUUUGGCUCUUUCUGUUCAACUUUUUUCGAAAUGACUCCGAGUCUGGUAGGAUUCAUGAAGAUUGCAUAGAUUAGCUGUGUGAAGCAGCACUGGGUCAGGAAGAAAGUUCUUUUCCACAGCCCUGUUCUCCACCUCCUUCCAUUACAGGGAGGGGUUGUCGACAGCGUUGCCUCUGCUCCGUCGCACAGGUGUGAGUGGGGCCGUUUCUCACUGGAAAUAGUCCGCGUGGUAUGGAGAGAGGAUGGGGGAAGCAUUGCUAUGCCGUUCGUGGCAUGUCUCCAGGAAUUUUUUUCUGGAAUCCAGCCUCUACCAUCUUAGAAUAGGAGAGGGAACCUGUCCUUGGCUCAGGCGGCUGGGGUCAGAUGAAGAGGAAAAUUCCCAUUAGCCGAGAAAAGUGCUGGGCAGAAUCCAGUUUGGAAAAUUACAAAUCCAGUUGGUCAGAAUUGGCCGUUUCCUAUGUGUGACCUAUUCGUGGUGUGCCAACUGGACUGCUGCUUAAACAGGGCAAGGAAAGUGUGGAAUGUUUUUAUACGAAAGCCUCAGCCGUUUGGUACACGUGGACAGAGCUGUUUGUGCGUUCCUCCUCACCCCCGUUUCUGCGCGCGGUCUGUAGCACAAUCGAGUUGAAUGCUGCAAAGCACCCAGUUUACAAUGAAAUGUUUUCAGUGACCAAUGUCAGAAGUAGGCUUGCUUCUGGACUAGCCUCAUUGAUGGCCAACACCCACCAUUUUCCAUGGAAUGGCCUUGGGACAAAUGUCAUCUUGUCAUUUUGGUGUUCAAAUAGGAGAGAAUUUUUCCCAACAAAGGAGGAAUGCUUGUGUUGUUUUGCAAAUUGCUUUGACUCAGUCUUUGUAGGAUUACAGCCUUUUUGUGUCCCUGUGUGUCUGUCUCAAGGAGACCGUCUCACCGAGUCCCUGUAUUUGUAGGGAGGUAGAUUCAUUGAUUUCAUUCUGUGACAGCUAAAGACACGUUGAGGUGGUUGGUGCACUGGACCAGAGGCUCAGAGCCCAAAUAGUUCGGCCUGUGGAGGAAAGCUCGAGAGAGCUGUGCACUCUCCCCUGGGCACCAGUGGAUCUGCUGUGCCCCAUGAGGUGCCACUAACAUGACCUCAACACUUGUGAAUGUGGAGGGCUGCUUAAAAUGCAGCUCUUCCACUAGGUGGGGCUGGAGGCUGGAGUGCCCACUCUGCUCGUGGUCACCUCCUUUCCUGGUUUGGUGUUCUGCAGCAUGGCAGUGGCACUUGGCAGCAGUUCUGCAGCUCAGCAAUACAGCCUGAAUGCAUUUGCCCCCCACAUCUGCGUCCUCCUCCAGGACUCCUGUGGGGCACUGCUGUAACUGCAUAUGGCUGGGGUUUCCUUUACGUCUUCCUUUCGUUCUGAUUAAAAUCAGUUUUGUGUGACAGACAAGGUUGUAUUUCCAUCUGGACUUUUUUUUAAAGAAUGAGUCAAGGAUCUUGUAAUACUCUUGGCUCAGGCUCACGCCUCACAGUGAGGCUGCCCUGUCCACUUCUAUCUCCAAGAGUUGUCAGUGACCUUUUGUUCUUCUGUAGACAUGUGGGGACUCUGAUCUGCCCUUGGGCCACUGGCUAUGACAUGGUGAUUGUGCUCCUUUGUCUUAAUGCAUCUUAAGCAGCUCCAAGAUGGAGUGUUAUUUGUGUGCAUGGGUUAGUGGAGCAGAACUCAGCCCCAACUGGAUUCCCCUGGUGGCUGAAUCAUUAUCUAGUUGCUGCCAGGGGCACAACUGAAUUCAGCUGGCUUUAAAAAUGGAACAAAUCCAGCCUGGCUUGAACCUUGGUUGUCAUCUGCCACUUUGCCACAGUGUGAUUUGGUUAGACUUGUCCCUGGAAGCAGGACAAGACAGAAAUAGCCAGAUGGGACCAGGUGGCCCAUAGGGAAGUCUGGGCUGAUGGAUACAGCAUUGCCAGAUAGCCUGUUCUUCACAUCUUGACAAAUGAAGAGCCUUUUCCCCAAUGCCAAGCUCCUUGGAUCCAUCAGAGGAACGACCUCAGGCCCUGCCCCUUUCCACAGCCUCCCAAGCCUGUCAUCUCCAUGACCUGAUCCCGCUCUAAGCUCCUCAUAAUGGGCGUUGUGAUUCCUUUUCUGAGAGUUUCUGGUAUUAUGAAAUGCACACUGGGAAGCAUCCCCAGAGCUCUGAACAGAAAAGUGCUCAGAGGGAUGUGAACCCCCCUUUGCCAUUCAUCAGCCAUGUGCCUUCCUGCCAGUGAACCUGCCUCAGUCUGUUUCCUUAUCUGCCACCCAGGGACUGUAAUGGUGUCUUAUUGGCUCAUGUGAGGAUUCGCCGUGUCCAGAGCCUGGCAGGUGACAGGCCUGGGGGUCGUGGGAGCUGCUGCUAGGUAACGUCAUACAGGUCGUGUGGGGCUCCUCUGUUGUCCCAGGUCUGCUGGUUCCGUCUCCAUCUUCUCUAGUCACCUCCACCUGCCUUUGCCCAUGGUGCUCCCCUAUUUGUUCACUGCUGAACAUGCCUUUUAAAUUUUGAAUAGGUAAUCCCAUCACAUGGUUCACAAAUCAGUCUUCCUUUCAUCCCUGACCUCCAGCAAGCCCAGCUUCUCGCCCCUUGAGCACCCACUUUUGUUCCUUGUGCGUCCUUGCAGAGGUCCUCUAUGCAUCUACAAGUAAAUACACACACGUGUGUUUCUCCUUUUUAACUCAUGUGAUGCUAGAGAACUGUAUUCAAGGAGUAUUCCUAUUCAUGUGGGAAGAGCAAUACCAGAAGUCAGACUAUCUGUAAAAGGUGAGCCCAGAACUGGGGGAUGAUUUUGCAAUCACAUUCCUUUUAAAUAAGGCAUGUUUAUUGAGUGCAGCACACUGGAAUUGUUUUUCUACACAAACUAACGUCGCCCCCCGCCACCAUUCCACAUAUGUCCAGAUAAUGCAGCACAACCUGUUUCCAGACUCUUCCUGAUCUGACAGGACACUCACAGCAGGCUCUGCUGUGUAGCCAGAACAGCAGUGCGGGCCUCUUGUUCAGCUCCAGCAGUCUUUGCAGUGGCCCAGACAAGCUGCCCUCCCCCCCCACCUUGGCCAGUCCCACGGGACGCCUGUCCAGCAGUGAUGUCUGGCGACAACUGUCUUACUCUCUUAGGUGAGUGCGCAUGUUUUUGAGGGAGGAGUUUGAGCAGCAGCAGCAACUGACUGCAGGGACAUCAAUCCUGGGCGGAAGGCUCAGAUGUUACUAAGCAAGCAGGGGGCCUCAGAAUGAAGGACAGAUGUUCACGGAUCGGGCUCCUUUCCCUCCCACUCGAUGCACACGUAAAGAAAUGCUUUCCACAGAAUGUUCUUAUAGCCCAACACUCUCCAUUCAAUGACUGAAAUCACCCCAUCUUUGAAAGAUACUUGGAGUUCAUUUUUGCCCAAAGUUAAAGCUGCUUUCUUCAAGUGGCCCUGAGUGGCAGACUCAUGCCUCCCCAUCCUCACCCACCUCCCCAGGGUCCUGCCACCCAGAGCAGCAGCCCAGGGCUUCCCCAGGAUUACAAUUUGGGCCCUUGACCUGAAACUUGAAAAGGAAUUGUAUGUGAAACUCCCAUCUGUCACUUGAUAAAUCUCUGGCCCUGAGUUAGUGUCUUUCAUGUUGGCUGUUACAAAUUUCAGUAAAGGAGAUGAACAGGUCUAAAUUCACGAUGGAUAAAAUUCAGGUAACGAGCAAAUACUGGGCCAUGGUUCUUUAGUAUAGGUAAGAUUAAUGUGCUUCCAUUUGAGUAACAGAAGAAAAAGCUUGUUCAUCUGUCCUUUUUCCAGCUGUUUUAAAGCCCAAGUUGUUCCAAGAUGCAGUUUCACUCCACUUGUAGACCAAGCAUCAGCACUCUGCUUACCAAUCCAGUGCUCACUUCUGUGGUUACAAAGGUCAGAGAGAACACCCUGCCUGCUCCAGGGACAUGUACCUAGAAAGUGGGCCCCACCAGUGUCAAGGGACUUGUUUGUACUUUGAUGAAGCUCCUUGCAGCUGUGCCAAGAUAAGCCCGGAGGAUCUGCCCCUUGGGCCAGCUGCACACCAGCCCCUUCCAGCUCCAUUAGAGCCAGUAAGCAGGUGGGGCCAGUGUUACAAAGUCCCUUCUAGUGACCCCCGUCUUCCUGAUAACUGUCUCUGGGUCUCUUGACAGGAAUAUGGGUAGUUUAGUUCUUAUAGUUUAGCCCAUUGGGGUUCAUUCACUAGGUAUUAUAUAACUCCCUCAAGAAAAGGUUUAUGAAAUGCUGAGCCUCAGGUUUCAUAGACGUGUUUGUACACUAAGAAUUCUGCAGCAGAAUAUUUUUAAACAUUCGCAGUUUUUUGUAAGCUAUAUUUUUGUAUAUUUAAUUGCUAUUUUAAAAUUUUAAUGCAUUUUUUGCUAAUUACUCGUUUAAAAAAUAAAACAUGCAUGUAAUUGACUUAAAACAAAUGUAAAUAAAAAGCAAAUUUUGAAAAAUACUUCAUGUUAACCGUGUACCUACUCAUGGUCACCCGCACCCCCCUUAAGGCCGUGUAGCAAGAGUUGGAGAGUCCAGGUGAGUUAGUCCUGAUCAAACUGAGCUGGUCACCGGCAACAGGUGAUGAUGAUGGAGCUUCUGGCCUGUCCCGUCCUGUGGUGUGGGGUGCAGGUCCACAGUGAUGAGCAAAGCACUAGGCCACGGGGAAGAGGAAGGCAGAGGCCAAGGCCCCACCGCGACCCUGGCCUCGGCUCUGCAGAUGCAGCUGGACAGGAACAGUUUCCCAAAUUCGAUCCUAGUGCUCAAGGGGGCUGAAGCGGCAGGACCAGCCUACACCCCACCCCUCUAGCUAUAGCCAACCUAGAAAUAACUAUUCAGUUAGGAGGAGAACCACAUCUCUUGGUCCAAAGUUAUGGUGCAGCAGCUGCCAUUUGUUCUCACCACCCCACCCUAGGAUCUCUGCAGGUCAGCUCCUUCCCCGUAGCCUGAGGGAAACGGCUCCCCUCAAGGCCACCCAAGACCGUGCAGCCCAAUCUGGGCCACCGCUUAUUCUCCUCUUAAUGUGAGUGGCUGGAGAGCUGUUCUCCCCAGUCUCUUGAGCAGACCCCCACCCAGCCUGUCUCUGACCUCGUCCCUUUCCUUUGCAGCCUUUCCUUCUCUGCCUACCUCUUCUUAUGCUCACCCCACCUUUGCAGUCCCUACAUCCCCACCUACACGCACCUCAUUCUCAGGCCUAUUACCUCCAACCCAAAUAUCCAGCUGCCUAUUUGCUAUCCAUCACAGUCCAAAACCAAUGCUCCCCAAUAAGCCUCAGUGCCCACAGAACCUCCCUCCCCAUGUUCCAUCCCCAUACCCCAAUACUCUCCACUGGGUCAUCUACUGUUCCCACCUUUGUUUAAGCCCUCUUCCUUUCUCACCUAGACCACGACCACAGCCACCCCCACUGCUUCUGGUGGGGGGUGUGGGGGGGUCCCUCGGACCACCACAUGGCAGUCACAACGGACGAGAUAACUGCUGAGAUAAGACGGCAGUAGCUUAGACCAGCGUGCUGGCAAUGGGGACUGGAAGCUGAGUCUACGUGCACCUCCCAAGCUGGAGGGGGUGAGGAGGAUGCAGGAGAGGGGACUUCUGUGCAGGGCUGGCCUUGGAGAGACAAGUAGGGGG